AUGGCGAGCUUCGCGCCGUUCAGCCUGGAGGAGGCGGAGCUGGAGCUGGACUGGGAUGAACGCUACGCGGCUCCGGAGCUGGACGCCGAAAACACGGCUCUGGUGGAGGAGAUUCGUGAAAAGGAGAGGUUGUUGGCGGAGGUGGAAAUGGCUCUUGAAAAAAACAAGGACACGAAGCGGAUGAUGGCUGACGCGAUGAAAGGUUUGGAGGAUGAGCUGAGAAGCAACGAGGCUCUGAUCAAAGUGAAGGAAAGGGAGGGAGAAACUGAGAACCACCUCGUCGCCCUCGCAGACAGGAAAAGAGGAGUCCUGUCCAGACGACUGGCCAGGAUGAAGACUGAGAUAAAAUCUUUCGCUGAAAGAAAAGAGAAUUUAGAGAACCGCAUCUUCCAGACCGCACGGAAAGUGGAAGAGUUUCAAGAACAGAUGAACUGGGACCAGCAGACCACGGAGGCCUUCUUCAAGGAGGCGGCGCGGCAGAAUGAAGACACAAUGGCCAUCACCAAGUACGCUCACCGGGACGACCAGAGGGUGAAGGCUCUGACUCUGGCGAUAGAGAGAGCCACACUGGAGGUCAACGACAAACGCAAAGCCUUUGAAAAAGGGAUGACUGAGAACAAAUGUUUACAGUUUGCCCUGGAUAAGGCUACAGAGAGCCUUCAGAGGGCGUACCAGGAGAACCAGCAGCUCAGCCAGCAGUGGGAAAACACCAUCAAGCAAAGGAAGCAGCGGGAUGCCGAGAUGCAGCAGUGCGCGCUGCAACUGGCCCAGGCCAAUGAAAAGUACCGCGAGAACGUCGUCACCCUGACGGAGAGCAAGCAGCUUUUCGACACUCAGAAGAAGAACAACAAGGAAACCAAGAGGAAAACAGACGCGUCCAAACGCGAGGCGGUCAAGCUCCGGCAGGAUCUGGCGGAGGAGGAGAGGAACCUGCGCAGCCUGCAGGAUGAGGUGGGCGUCUGCAAAGGGGAGCUGCACAAAGCCGCGUCUGUGGUGAAGUCCCUGAAGUCCGACAUAUCCAGAAUGAAGACGGACAUCCAGAACGACGAUCGAAAACUGAGGGAGGCAGACGCCUACAACGCUGCUCUGGAGGACAAGCUGAAGGCCGUGACUCAGACGGCUCUCACCGAGGAGGAGAGGGCCGCUCAGAUGGACCAGCUUCUCAAGGACGCGGAGCAGACGGUCAAGGAGCUGGAUGUCCUGCUGAAAAACAGCAACCAGGAGCUUUUUCUCGCCACAAAGAAUUUAGAGACGCUCAGGGCGAAGGAGAAGGAUUUAAUCUUGCAGAUUUCAAACAGUAAGUCGACCAUCGGUAACCUGGACGGCCAGCUGGAGAAACAGGAGAAGAUCCUGAGAAGACAGCAGAUCACCAUUCUUCAGCAGUCCACCCAGAUAGAGGUGCUGAAUGAAAAACUGGCACUCCUCCAAGGUAAUCUGUCUUCAGAUGAGAGACAGAUGUUGGAAGCGAAAAUUUCUGAACUGACCAGAAAUCUGGAGGAGAAGAAGGAAACAGCGAACAUCCUCCAGAGCGCGCUGAAAGAGUCCGAGAACGCUGUGCGCCGUUUGAAGAGGGAAGUUGACCAGUCGGAGUCUCAGAAGAGAGAUCUGUCCGGCGCCGCCGAGCAGCUGCUGCUGUGUUGUAACGGCAAGGAAAAGAGCCUGAAGGCACUCAAGCUGAAGAAACAGGAGAGCAUGGUGAGAUACCAGAUCUUAAAGACAGAGGUGGAGCGUUUGAGUGAUCUGCUCAACAGCAAGGAAGACAGCAUGCUGUCCUCCGAGAGACACAAGCUGGAGCUGCAGAAAGCCAUCCGAGAGAGGGAGAACGACAUCAAGAUCCAGAGAGACAUGCUGUGUCGGCAGCUGAGCCUCAGCGACCAGGAGAGGCAGAAGCUCAGCAUCGAGCUCAGCGAGAAGCUGCGCAAGAUUGACGUCAUGAAGAAACGUUUCGAGGUUCUGACCGUCUCCAUGGCGGUUCCUGAGGGCGAGGAGGAGAACGCGCAGGCCUACAUUAUCGCCAAGGUUGCACAGGAGUCAGAGGAGCUCCGGCAGAAAGGCGACGCUCUGGACGCCAAAAUCCGGAAGACGGAGCUCGAAAAUGUGGCCCUGGAGAACAGCAACCUGCUGUUCAGCCGCCACAACGCUCUGCUCCGGCAGACUCUCAACAAAGUGGAUGAAUCCAGCUCCCAGUAUCAGGAGAAGCUGAGACUGGAAGAGCAGCUGAAGGCGACUCAUGAGAUGCUGAGAAGCAGGAAAAAACAGGUCAAAGAGCUCCAGAAGGACCUGCAGGACAAGAACGAUACCUUGGAGAUUUUACUCCAGCAAGAUCAGGUGGACCAAGAAAGCAUAAAAGCCAAACAGCAGCUCAUCACAAAGCUGAACAAAGACAUCUCUUCCCAGCAGGAGAAAAUGGACAGAGCCACAAAGCAGUGCUCCAAGCUGAUCAAACAGAUCCGCUCAGCGAAAAACACCAAGAGCGAGACGUCUGAGGAGAGAGACAUCAGGCUGAAGGAGCUGAGGGAGUUCAGCAGGAGUCUGGACAGGAUGCUGAGCGAGACCCUGGAGAAGACCCCCGACCUCAGACCGCUGCUGGAGAAGUAUUUCCAGCAGGCCAGCCUGUCGCUUCCGGCUCCUUCUUCCACUCCGAUCAGCCGGAGCUCCAGAACCAGCUCGGCCUGCAGCCUGGCCUCUUUCAGGUCCAGUGCUUCCUCAGCCAGCGGCAGCUCCGACGCCUCUGCGCUCUCCUGCUCUGUGAACGUGGUCGAUCUGGCCUUGGAGCUGCCCUCAACCUCCCCCGCCUCCAAGUGUUCCAGCUCAGCCAGCAGCAGAAGCAGCAAGUCCAAGAAGAUGCUUCCCUGA